AUGAACGAAGUCGAUUUGGCUAUCAUUGGUGCUGGUCCCUCCGGCCUAGUGACUGCACUUUGGGCUGCCCGCCAGGGACUGACUGUGUGCUUACUUGACAAGAAAGAGGGUCCCAUUGAUCGCGGCCAUGCGGAUGGUCUGGAGCCCCGAACCUUGGAGAUCCUGGAUAGUCUCGGUAUAGCGGACGAGAUAUGGAAAAAGGCCAACAAGACUGUGGAAAUAUGCACCUGGAGCGACAAGCAGGGAGAAAUAUAUCGAACAUCCAGACGACCAAACUACGCUAAAGGCACUUCCCGGUACCAGGAGGCAACUUUACAUCAAGGACAUAUUGAAAAAGCACUAGUUUCGGCUUUAGAAAAGGAGCCUAGUGUGAAGAUUUAUUGGCAGUCUACACCUACGAACAUCGAGAUUCUCAGCCAUCACAGCUAUCACAAAUAUCCGGUUUACCUUUCCUGGUGCCAUCGCCCAUUGGCCUGGAAGAAACAGAGUCGCAGUGUUAGAGCACAUCAUUUGGUCGGAUGUGACGGUGCCCAUAGCUGGACGCGGGAUCAGAUUGGUGUGAAAAUGGUUGGGGACAAGGAGCUAUGGGGUGUCAUAGAUAUUGUUCCAGAGACCGAUUUCCCCGAUAUCCGAUGCCGCUGUGUCAUAAAUAAUGAUGCAGAUAUACUAAUGAUUAUACCCCGAGAACAACACAUGGCUCGGUUCUACGUGGACAUUUCCAGUUCGAGUUCUCGGCCACAAAACCCAAAGACCCUUUUCAACGAUAUGGUUUCUCGCAUUCACGGUAUCCUCAAGCCUUACCAAAUCGACUUUGAACUAUGCGACUGGUGGUCUUCAUACCGAAUAAAGCAACAGUUGGCCACCCGUUUCUCUGACCCGAAGUGUUGCGUCUUCCUCGUCGGCGAUGCUAUCCAUACGCACUCACCCAAGGCCGGACAGGGUAUGAACGCAAGUAUUCAGGAUGCUUGGAACCUGGGGUGGAAACUGGCGACCUCCAUUAAGGGUCGAGGUUAUCCAGCUCUACUUACAAGCUAUGAAACUGAGCGACGUCCUGUUGCACAGCAUUUAUUAUCCUUUGACAAGAAGAUGCUCGGAUGUUUCCGCAGCUUCUGCAAAGAAGAGAGUAAUGGCAUUGAAAAAGAGAAAGACUUGGAAGAGACUAUCAAAGAGGAGCAUUCCUCCGCUAGUGGAAUCGAAGUGGUCUAUAGAGGCUUGGGAUUCGAGUCAAUCUGGGAGGCACCCGAAGCUGCACCCGGUAUAAGGCUAGGCUAUCGCAUCGGUGAUUUCAACGUCAUCCGACACGCAGAUGGCUACGUACACUCCCUCCACCACAUUCUCCCUGCAGACGGCAAAUGGCGCGCCAUUGUUUUCCCCGGCGAUAUCACUCAACAAGAACCAAAGCGUCGACUGCGCCAUGUAGGCUCGGCAUUAUCUCAGGACGACCCGGAUGAGCUUCCCUCCCUGCCGAAUUCUUUGACCAUGGGGGUAAUUGCACAAUGCGAGGCCAUUAUUAUCCACGCGUCGUCAAGAGAUGAGGUUGAACCCAUGGACUUGCCGGUCGUUUUUCGGCCAUGGCGUCAAUCUCUGGGAUGGGAUUAUGAUAGAGUGUUUGCGGAUGAUCCUAGUACUUCUAAUCCUGACUUAUACUUUCCAGUAUAUGAGAAGCUGGGAAUAUCUAAAACUGAGGGCUGCUUAGUCGUUGUCCGGCCGGAUCAACACGUGUCGUUUGUGGGAAAGCUCGAUACUUUACUGCAGGAGUCUGGUUUCUUGAACACAUAUCAUUAG